CACCCAACAGUUCAAGAGAAGGGAUAAAGAAAAAGAGAAGAAACUCACCCCAUUCACCAUGACGUCCAGGAGGUCUGGAAAUGGAUGUUCUUUCUGAGGACUGAUGUAGUCAAAAUAUUUUUGUAGAAUUAACUGUGAUCUGUGGGUUGGGGAGCAGCCUGGCUUUGAAAGGUUUGGAUUUCUUUUAAGUUUUGGUACACCAAAUGGUUGUGUGUUGUGGACAUUCAGCUGCUUCACACCUACAUCGUUCCAGGAAACACGGAAGCAGCAAGCGCCCAUGAUGGACAAGGACUUUGCUUCUUCCCCACACAGGACCCGGAGGUGUAUUCCAACCUUAGGAGCCUCAUCCAAUCCCAGCCGCAUCCCAGGACACACGACUCGCUCCCUUGGAAUUGGGGGGCUCACGGCUCUCAGCCCCAUCUUGAAAAAGGAAGCCUGCCUCAACUCCUUCAGGCAGGACCCCACAAAACAGCUCCCUUUGGCAAAAGGCAGAGGGAUUCCUAAACCUCAAUCGAGGCUUGGGCCCCCAAAGCCUCCUCGUUGCCAUGAGGGGCUCCUCUCCUCAAGCCCAGCUCCUACUGCCUCCCAGUCUCUUCAGUGGACAGCAGCCAAUGGUUUGGAGGCACGUAAACUAAGCUCUCUCUCAUUUACUCUUCAGAGGAGCACCAAUGCCCCUCCAGCUGGCCGGCAACUCCUCUCACACUCUAUGGCAGCAAGGAGGGAGUUCCAGAAGGUUCCCUUCCAAAAGGAAGCAUCGGGAAGGAGAGAGGAGUUGCCUUCACCAAGCCAUCUGCCAUCGUCUGGAUUACAAACCUUGCCUCAAAGGAUAGCUGAGAAUUCAGCUGAUAUGCAAACCACUCUUUUCCAGGAGGACGGAAAUCAUACCUCAGAUGCAGGCAUGCCAGGUUCCCAGAGACGUUUGGCCCCUGCAAGCCCAUCACCUCCUCCUCCCCCUCAGCCACUUCCCAAAACCACAGAAGAUCCCACAAAUUCACCCCUGAAAGAAACGGUUCAGGAGGACUUUGCUUCUAAUGACAGAUAUGGCAUCCCAAAAGGCAUUGAUGCGCCCCAAGGCUUAGCUGAAUCUGGAAAGAUGUUACUACCCUUCCCUCAGGAGUGUCUUGAGGAGCAUGCUCUGAAUGGCAACUGCUUCAUGGCAGAUUCCACGAUGUCUCCUGUGACAAAUACAACUGGGUUUGAAUGGCCAGUAGAUACCAAGCCUGAAGCAGCCAUGUCUGAGCUGGUGCCAGAGCCACGGCCAAAACCAGUCGUGCCAAUGAAACCCGUGGGUAUGAAUUCAAAUCUGCUGGGCUACAUUGGGAUUGACACCAUCAUAGAGCAGAUGCGCAAGAAGACCAUGAAAACUGGAUUUGACUUCAACAUCAUGGUUGUCGGCCAGAGCGGACUGGGCAAAUCCACACUUGUGAACACCCUCUUCAAAUCCCAAGUCAGUCGCAAGUCUUCAGGCUGGAGCCGCGAGGAGAAGAUCCCUAAGACAGUGGAAAUCAAGGCCAUUGGGCAUGUUAUUGAAGAAGGUGGUGUCAAAAUGAAGCUCACAGUUAUUGACACCCCUGGAUUUGGUGACCAGAUCAACAAUGAAAACUGCUGGGAGCCCAUUGAGAAAUAUAUUAAUGAGCAGUAUGAGAAGUUCCUGAAGGAGGAGGUCAAUAUUGCAAGAAAGAAACGGAUCCCAGACACGAGAGUCCACUGUUGUCUCUACUUUAUCUCCCCCACAGGUCACUCCUUAAGACCUUUGGAUAUGGAAUUCAUGAAGCACUUGAGCAAAGUAGUCAACAUCAUCCCAGUUAUCGCCAAGGCAGACACCAUGACUCUGGAGGAGAAGAUUGAGUUCAAACAGAGGGUCCGCAAGGAACUGGAAAUCAAUGGCAUCGAAUUUUACCCCCAAAAAGAGUUUGAUGAGGACCUUGAAGAUAAGACAGAGAAUGACAAAAUCAGGCAGGAAAGUAUGCCAUUUGCUGUGGUGGGCAGUGACAAGGAAUAUCAAGUGAAUGGGAAAAGGGUCCUGGGGAGGAAGACACCCUGGGGAGUCAUCGAAGUGGAAAAUCUCAGUCACUGUGAAUUUGCUCUACUUCGAGACUUUCUCAUUAGGACCCACCUUCAAGAUCUAAAAGAAGUAACGCACAACAUCCACUAUGAGACUUACAGGGCUAAACGACUGAAUGACAAUGGGGGGCUCCCCCCAGUGACCGUAGAAACAGAAGAAAACCAUGAAAGCAACCUGUGAAGGACCUAUCAAGUUAUCUGCCAUCUCUGAAUUAUUACCACUACUACCACCCCAUCCCUUGAUUUGAAUUCAGGCCUCUCUUUGAAGCAUGUGGAAUAUCCUUUGUGUGUGCAUACUGGGGAAGAACCCCAACUUCACCCAAAUGUUCCCAUCUAUUAUUAUUAUUAAUAUUAUUAUUAUUAUUUGAAUUUUGUAUUUUGCACAGCAGACUCUAGUCUUCCGUUGUAUUCCAAGAUUCAAUUGUGCAUCCUGAUUGUGGGGAAAGUUGAAGGAAUUCUGGAAGUGGUGCAAUCUCUGGGGGUCACGUGAAAUGCCUCCGAGGGAGAAUAAUGAGAUCAAUGUAAGGAUGUUGUAUGCACUGUGGUGGAAACAGAGAGCCAUAUUUUGGAUGCGAGUUUCACAGCUCUGGAAGAGACUGGGUUGCUCUGCAGCUGUGAUAGAUGGUUUGUGUCGUAGGCUCAGUUCUCAGCAUGGAAGCAGGAAAAAUGGACUCAGGCUAGAUCUCGCUAAAACAGUUAUGUGAAUUAAGGUGCAGUGAAAUAAACGGGAGGGAAUCUUUUGCCAAGUAAAUGUGUUUCAAUGUGCCAGUGUAAAAAAAGAAAAGAAGACAGGAAUUUGACCAUUUUGGACCAUACCGAUGGGAGGCAAAGUUGUUGAAUGAAAAACAAGAGCGGAGAAUUGAUUUGGGAGUAUUAGUUUUCUUGGUGUAGGAGGGGGGAGCAUUUAAUAGUGAGGAACUGCUUUCAAACUGCGCUUUAAACAUUUUUGUUAAGGUUCAAAGCCACCCUUGUCACCAUUGCAUAUCUGAUAUCUUGAUGCUGACACUGGCUCUUAGAUUUGUCAGAUUCUGCUCUUUUAACAGAAACAUUGCUGUAAUAAUCCCCUUUGGAUUGUUGCAGCAGCUGGAAACACCAAGAAUGCAACAUGUUCCAAUUGUGCCUUUCCACUCUCUGACCUACUGAGGAGAAGACAGCUUUCUGCAAAGCAGAGAGCCCCUUAUGUUGGGAGGAUUCCCCUCCCAAAGAAGAUGUCUCCUCAUCCAUUGCAUACUGAGAGGUCAAACAGCAUGAAGAGGCUAUUUGGGCAGAACACAAUUGCCCUUGAUCCCAUAGCAUGGCAUUCUUAACCUGACUUUGCUCUCUACAGGCUAUCCUUGGGUGGUCUAGGAAUCAGCUUGAUUGUAGGUAUGCCGCCAAUUACGUAUCUUUAGAUAUGUAAUUCGGUAGCACCAUCCAAAUUCUGAGAAUCACAGCCUUUGUUUUUGAAACAAGAGCAAGUGCCUAGGUUUCAAAAUGGUGGAGGGGGGAAAUUUGUUAAGAUGUUAAUGCAUCUGCAGAAGGCUGAGAAAGCAGAAGUGGCUUGUGUGGGAUUUCUGGUGGUCAGGAGGACUUACAUUGACCUGUGCAGGCCCCAGACUGUCCCUGCUCCAUCCUGUUUUUGUUAUUUUGUACUGUCUCUCAAAGUGCCAGAAGUACUAUAUCUCAAAGUGCCGGAAACACCUAACUACUUUUCAGAUGUUAAUUCAUAAACCUGUGUUCAAAUUCAAAGGAACUUUCUGCCCAAUAUAAUUUAGUAAAAAAAGAAAAAAAUCGUGCCUCAUAUUUCUCCCAAUUGGAACCAAGCCAGCUAACAAUAGCAGAAUUAACAACGCAAAAUGAGGGUAUAGGAAGCCAUUGGUCCACCUAGUUCAGUACUGGCUACUUGACUGCAGCUCACCCAGGUUUCAGACAAGACUCUGAGCUAUAGCCCAUCCUCACUGUAGAUUAUGUCACAGAAAUGUAAAUGGAACAAACUCUGUCACCAGCUCUGUGUAAUCCACAGCUUCGUAGUCACAAUUCUAACAGGAAACUCACCUAAAAAUCAGAUUAUUAUUUUUUUACAGUAUUUCCUAAAUAUUCCUUCAGAGUUCUCUAGAAUCACAGCGAGAGCUCCAGGCCACUGCAUCUUUUUCUUGGUUUUACAAAUGGAUGAUAUGCCAUCUGGAAUAGACCAUUAGAGAGGUACUCUGCAAGCUGAGCUUUAGAAAGCUGAGUGGCAAGCCCCAAUGACACCACCAAAAGCUGGUCAAGCAGGGAAAUGAGGGGCGUAUGUGAUUUUGUUGCUGGUGCAAGGGGUGUUGCUUUUUGGAAAUUUGGAGAGGACAGCAUAAAUAAGGUCCCAUAACUUCUUUGAGCCUUAUCACCCGUUUCUGAUGGUGUUGAAAUCCAGCCUAUGAAAGAGCAGGGAUGGUAAAUGCUCCAAAGCCCUUCCAAAUAGAUUUUCUGCCACAGGGACCCAGAUCCUGUUGCUGACAUAUCUCAAGGCCCACAGACCAGGUAGAACAGGCAUCCCCAAACUGCGGCCCUCCAGAUGUUUUGGCCUACAACUCCCAUAAUCCCUAGCUAACAGGACCAGUGGUCAGGGAUGAUGGGAAUUGUAGUCCAAAACAUCUGGAGGGCCGAAGUUUGGGGAUGCCUGAGGUAGAACAUCCUUUUGGAGCCUUGUGACAUCAAAGGUGGGCACUUAUAGCAAUAUACAUUUAAAACAACAAUUGAUUAAAGAAGAAACAUUUUGACCAUUUAGCAUUAUUAUUAUUCUGCCUACUAGCCCAGCUUAUUGGUCCCUUGCUAUUUAAUCAUUCUCCAUUACUCAAAACAUAAAACAUAUAGUAACCAUGCUACUUCCACAUUCAUUUCAAUAGACAUACAGUAGGUGCUUAUUAGCAGAGAAUAUUUUACUGAAAUCCACUCAAACAUGAGGAUAGCAACUGCUGUCUAAGUUGAUGCAGUGGUGAUAUAAUAAGAUAAUGUAAAAACUUUACUCUAUGAGCCAAAAGACGCUGGUCUUGCACAGGCCUGUAUCAAACUUAACUAAUUACUGUAUUUUACAACAUUGCCACAGCACCAGAACUUUAGGACUUAGGGACAAAUGAUCUCACUCUUCAAUACGGGCAGAAUAUCUGUCUGUCUUCAGUGCCGGCCCAGUCAAUGAAAUCCAGGUUUGCCUGAAGUUGAGGCAGGCCUUCCAAUUUAUUUCUGUGCAUAAAAUCUUCCUUAGUAUAAAAUCUAGCCUAGUCAUUGAAAGGCCAGUGAGACUACCGUAGCAGGCUAUGAAUAUGCCUAACCCUUGCAUAGCUGAAGUCAAAGAUGAAAUGAGCUUACUGGUUUUAGCCUGGUCCUGAGAGAAUUUUUGGAAACCUUUUAUGGUUUUCUGUAGCACAGCAAUAAUAAUUGCAAGAGAUUUUUGAAGAACAGAGGUAAAAUCAUUGGAGUCCUCUAUGAUUUUAUGCCAGGGCAGGGGUCUUUUGGAAGAUUGCUUUGAUAAAGGUUGUUGCAGCAUUGCGGUAGUUAGAACUGUAAGUUUUAUUUAAAAAAACCACACACUACACAACACAUAUUAGAUGCUGUAAUAUAACAGAACCAUGUGAGACUAAGUUGGGUAGCUGAAUAACAGACAAAGACUCGGGGGAGAAUUGAUCUGCAUGUGAAGGGUUGUAUCCAGUACAGUGGUACCUCUACUUACAAAUAACUCUACUUACAAAUGUUUCUACUUACAAACGGAGCUCCAUCCGCCAUCUUGGAUGCGGUUUAGAUAGGAUUUUUUCUACUUACGAAUUUUCUCCCAAUGCAUUCCUAUGGGAUUCGACUUACAAUUUUUUUCGACUUACGAAUAUGCGUUCGGAACGCAUUAAAUUCGUAAGUAGAGGUACCACUGUACUUUUUUUCUUUAAAAAAAAUGUUUGGGGUAUUCUCAUUUUCCUACUCAUAUUGAAAUACCUCAAUGAGGCCAAACUUAGAUUCACAAAAUGUUUAUGGGUAUGCGUACCCCUGCGUACUCCCAGAAAAAAGUACUGGUUGUAUCAGAGAUUUAUGACUGCAUUAUGCCAGUGGUUAGGCUUCUGUAUCUGUGUGGAGGCCUCUUCAAUAUCAUGUUGGUCUGUCAGCAUACAUCAGAAUCACCAGACAUGGCAUGGCAUCUCUAGUAGUGUUGCUUUUGUCCACCUAUCUAUAUCAGCUCUGUUUACCUUUGUUGGUCUCUGGGCAGAGGAAGUCUAGCGAUCCUACUGCCCUUUAACCUGCCUCAGCAUGACCUUGCCUAUUGUAGGAGGAAAGUCCCAGCCAUGGUGCUUGAAUCCAGGCAUAUCAGCAGUUCUCUGCUCACAUGCAAGCAGAUGGUUGCAUCCAAUUCCACCUGAACUUCCUUUUAUCUCACUUAUAAUCAGACCACAAUGCUGCUUAUUUGUAAAUCCUGUUUCUGUCAAGUUUUUCCUCUACACUUCUGGUGGCAAACUUGUCUAGGCAAGCAUCAGCAGCCUUUUCUACAUUUUUCAUUGUUUAACUAUGUUCAUCAUGUCCAUCUCAGCAAACCACAGCCCAUUAAUGGUGUAUCAAGGCCAUUUCACGGCCAGUAGUUUCUUUCCAGCCUUGCAUUUGAUCUACAUCUAGGACUGGUGCACAUGGUACAGCUACUACCUGGGAACCACCAAAAUGUUGCUUUAAGUGAUAUGGAAAGUUAGUUUUUCAGGGUUUCUCCAGAGGCAAAAUGAAACAUCUAGAAUGUAUGUGGAACUGUACAUAUAAAUGACAUGAAUGGGUUGCUUCCUACAGAUUCACAAUCUAGGGGUGGGGGGCUCAUUUGCGCUUGCCCCAUGCCUAGAAAGCCCAGGCCUGAACAGUUUUCCACUUGUCCCAUGCUUCUUAGCCAUGGGCCUGAGUGCUUUUGCCCUUGCCUAACCGCUUUCCCCUGGAAAAUCUGCCCUUUAGCAGCAAAGCAGAGCAAAACGUCAGUCUGAAGAAGACCUGAUUGAUGCUUACUCUGAUUCAGUGGUAAGGAUAAGGUUUUCCCAGGUGAAAGCAGCAGGGCAAGGACAAUUCUGGAUAAGUCCAUGGAGAGAGAGAGAGAUGGAGAGAGGGGAGGGGGAAGGAAAAGGGUCUAAGAGAGAAAAUGGACAACUUUGCACCAGGGUAAGACAAAAAUAAAGAACCCCUCACCUAAGAGUAAUAUAAAAAUACAGUUAACCUAAAUACAUAGAAGUCAAUUAGAGCACCAAGAGGAAAAAGCAAAAUAUGAGGUUUAAGUCAUUUAUUAAAAUUGAACAAACAAAUAUCAAAAAGCAGGAGACGUCUAUACACAAGUGCCAUUGGGGGUGGGGGUAGGGAGACACUAGUGCAGGUACAAGGCUUGCCCAAUAAUGAAGCUUAAAAGAUAAGUAUCUUAAGUGGUAGGGGACGAAAGAGGGACAAAUUGGUGUCCCUGGGCCUUCUGUUCACUUGCCCUGUUAUUUGCUGGCAUUCCUGUUGCCGCUGCCACUGCCAGCCACUCACCCAUCCAGCCAGCAAGGAAAGGCUCUCUGCUCCCACCUCUGCCUCCUCAUUUCCUUUCUCUAAGGAAGGCACCAGGAGCAAACCUGUGCUGCUGAACUGAUUUUCCCCAGCAGCUAGAAAUGCUGUUUAAACUCACUUUAAAAGAACUUACUAUUUUUCUCAACUGAGGAGAGCAGAGGAGGAAUACCGUACAA